GCGCAGCCACACGCGAACACGCCCUAUUCGCAGGAGACUAAGCAUCCGAAUAGGCGCGUCCCCGGCCGGGGUGCAGCCGGUCCAGGAAAGGAGACAGGGCGCAGGGGCCAUUUUGGGAAGGAAAGAGGCGGCGAACCAUGACCUUGACCUAAUAGAAGGCCGGAGGACGCGAAGAGGCCGGUAGAGAAGCUGACGAGGCUCGUAGCGAGCAAACCCAAAGCAGCCGAGCUCGGAGAGCGCCGUCUCAGCGGGCCAGGACGUAGCCCGGGGAUUGCACGGAGGUCCGUCUAGUCAGUCGGGGCGCGCUUCCUGGAGGAGGAGGAGGAGGAGGACUUGCCGCCGGAGCUACGGGGAUAAAUGCAGGAGGCGGGGCAGCCAGCGGGCGUGGCCCUGAGGAGGUCCCCGGUCGAAAGGAGGAGACGGGGUGGCCGCGUACUUAAAGCGGACGCGGGGAAAGCCCUCCCGGGGUCUGCCUCAGUCGCACAGCUCGGUGGGCUCGUGGGCUAGUCGAGCGUCUUCCCAGAAGCUCCCAGCCCUGUCCAGCCCCUAACCCCGCGACGCUGGGUUUGCUGGGUCCGGUGCGCACAGGCUCGAAGGAACCGGGUCUACUCGGUUUGGCCCAGCAGCUGCGGGCGGCGGGGAGCAGCCCGGCCCGGCUGGACCAGCCUCCCGCGGGUGAGGGCGCGGGCGGGCGGCCGGGUCCCAGCCCUAGUUAGGUCUGCCUCCCGCGCCCGGGCGUGCCGUCUGAGCGGCAUUAGGACCCAGGCGCGGCGCGGGGGUGUGUCGCCGGCUCCCGCUGCUGGCCUGCCCGAGUCGCGGAGUUUGGGGUCCAGAAACGCCGGAGCGCGGCGUGAGUGCGCGAGUGUGCCAUGGCAGCGGCCACUAGGCGGGUGUUCCAUCUCCAGCCGUGCGGUGGGUGCCUGAACCCGGGGGCGCGGCGGAAAGGCCGCCCACGUCUCCGCCACCGAGGCCGGCCAGGCGGGGACGCAGGGCCGUCGGGGACCCCGGGGAGAACGCGGAUGCCGUCGGCCUGCGCGGGCCAGGGCCGGUGGGCGAGAGGGCUGCGGGGUUCCCAGCCGCGGGGAGGACGGCACCGGUGCGGGAGGCCCGGGCGCGGCUUCGCGGCCACUGCGCGCUUGGUUUCAUUAGAGCUCUGCUGUCGCCGUCUUGAAUUUCUUAGGCGGUUUGAGCAGAAGAUGCAGCGGGUCGAGGGCGGGGAGCUCGAAAGUGGGCAGGGCGGAGCUGUGGGGCUCCCAGUGCCCCGAGCGCCGAGCUUUUGGGAGCCCGGCGGGCCGCCACCUCGGAAGGUCUUAUUUUACCUUCCGCCCGGGCAUCUUCCCGCCUGGCGCCGCGGUGGGGGCCGCCCGGUCUUGAGAGUCCCGGGACCCCUGACCGUGCUCUACGCGGCCGCAGCAGUUUCUCCCUUGCUCUGACACCCAAGGGCCAGCCCUGGGUCCCGGCCAGGACCCAGGUUGUACGACCCUUUACCUGCACGUGGGCCGCCGGGACGGAAACAGAGAGUGCACCGGCCCAACCUUCCCAGACCCUCGUCGCCCACAGCCGCUGUCCCUCCCGCGGCCUGGGACGCGCCCCAGCGCCCCUGCCCCCCACUUCAGGAUGCAGCACCGGCUCCCGCCCCACGCCUACAUUCACAUCCUGCGCCCCGACCCCCCAGGUCUCCGAGUCUGGAGGCGCUUUCCUCUCGUGCACGCGGCCCCCCCCUGUCGCUUCCUUCCUCCGACCGCGAGGCAGAAACAGCCGAGACCAUCCGGGGCCCGGCCCAGGGAGGGCGCAGCCUCCCCCGACCCCUGUGUCCCUCAGACUCUCCUCCCACCCCCAAUUGUUCUCCCUUUUGGACCAACUGCUCUGCCUUACCGGCUGUCGGGACGCAGUCCCAGGGCAGGAGACCGUUGCCUGUCGGCCCCCGUGUGACCUGGGGCGCGUGACGGGGGUCGGGGGAACUGCGCCUGCAAUGGGCGUUUAUGGCCCUCAGGACCUGUCUGAGAGUGAGAGGAGGGAUAUGCAGAGAGAUCCCCCGCCUUCGCAGCAGAGGAGAGAGAGGCGCGCUCAGGCCCUGUCCCCUCCUCCCGCUGCAGCGGGGCAGGGUUUUGUCAGGAAAACCUGGAUUAGCGAACAUGGUACUGGUACCAACUCGGUGGAAAGACAUCCCUAGAACGUCUCCUCACCUCUGACCCGCCUGGGCAGCCCCUAGCAGAUGGGCUAAGGAAUUGAAUUUCUGAGAUUAAGACUGGCUUCCCCUGCUCCCCAUGAGGCUCCCUCCCGAGCAAUGUCCGUUGCUUCGCUUUCUCCCUAGGGUGGCCUGAGUUGCAUCCCUGGGAAGAGUGAAGGAAUCAGCCAGGAUGGGGGGCGGGGAGACAGGUGUACACAGGAGGUCCAGGGCUUGGUCCAUGGGGCUGGUGACCUUUUGGCUUCCCUUGCAGAAAACUCUCCCAGCAUGUCGCAGAAUGGAUACUUUGAGGAUUCAACUGGGUCUCUACGCUACUACAAGUGUGACACAGAUGACACCUUUGAAGCCCGAGAGGAGAUCCUGGGGGAUGAGGCCUUCGACACUGCCAACUCCUCCAUUGUGUCUGGCGAGAGUAUCCGUUUUUUUGUCAAUGUCAACCUCAAGAUGCAGGCCGCCAACACGGCAGAGAAUGAAGCGACUUCCGGUGGCUGUGUGCUCCUGCACACCUCCCGAAAGUACCUGAAGUUAAAGAACUUCAAGGAAGAGAUCCGUGCGCACCGUGACCUAGAUGGCUUCCUGGCGCAGGCCAGCAUCGUCCUGAACGAGACGGCCACCUCCCUGGAUAAUGUGCUGCGGUCCAUGCUUCACCGCUUUGCCCAGGACCCUGACAACGCUGAGCCAGACUGCAACCUAGACCUGCUUAUGGCCAUGCUUUUCACCGAUGCCGGGGCACCCAUGCAGGGUAAAGUCCACCUGCUGUCAGAUACCAUCCAAGGGGUCACCGCCACAGUGACAGGGGUGCGGUACCAGCAGUCGUGGCUCUGCAUCGUCUGCACCAUGAAGGCCCUACAGAAGCGGCAUGUGUGCAUCAGCCGCCUGGUUCGCCCACAGAACUGGGGGGAGAAUUCCUGUGAGGUUCGGUUCGUCAUCCUGGUGCUGGCCCCACCCAAGAUGAAAAGCACUAAGACUGCCAUGGAGGUGGCGCGCACAUUUGCCACCAUGUUCUCGGAUAUCGCCUUCCGCCAGAAGCUCCUGGAGACCCGCACAGAGGAGGAAUUCAAGGAGGCCUUGGUGCAUCAGAGACAGCUGCUCACCAUGGUGAGCCACGGUCCAGUGGCGCUGAGAAUGAAGGAACACAGCACAGUGUCCUUCCCUACCCACAGGCACCCAGAGCCCCCAAAGUGCAAGGACUUUGUCCCUUUCGGGAAGGGCAUCCGGGAGGACAUCGCACGCAGGUUCCCCUUGUACCCCUUGGAUUUCACUGACGGCAUUAUUGGGAAAAACAAGGCUGUGGGCAAAUACAUCACCACCACCCUGUUCCUCUACUUCGCCUGCCUCCUGCCCACCAUCGCUUUCGGGUCCCUCAAUGACGAGAACACAAACGGGGCCAUUGAUGUGCAGAAGACCAUAGCCGGGCAGAGCAUCGGGGGCCUGCUCUACGCGCUCUUCUCCGGGCAGCCACUGGUGAUUCUGCUGACCACCGCGCCCCUGGCGCUCUACAUCCAGGUGAUUCGUGUCAUCUGUGAUGAUUAUGGCCUGGACUUCAGCUCCUUCUACGCGUGGACAGGCCUGUGGAAUAGUGUCUUCCUCGCACUUUACGCCUUUUUCAACCUCAGCCUGGUCAUGAGUCUCUUCAAGAGGUCAAUGGAGGAGAUCAUUGCUCUCUUCAUUUCCAUCACAUUUGUGCUGGAUGCUGUCAAGGGCAUGGUUAAAAUCUUCUGGAAGUACUACUAUGGGCAUUACUUGGACGACUACCACACUAAAAGGACUUCAUCCCUGGUCAGCCUGUCAGGCCUCGGUGCCAGCCUCAACGCCAGCCUCCACACUGCCCUCAAUGCCAGCUUCCGGACCAGCCCCACGGAGCUGCCCUUGGCCACGCACUCAGGCCAGGCGACCGCUGUGCUCAGCCUCCUCAUCAUGCUGGGCACACUCUGGCUGGGCUACACCCUCUACCAAUUCAAGAAAAGCCCCUACCUGCACCCCUGCGUGCGUGAGAUCCUGUCUGACUGCGCUCUGCCCAUCGCGGUGCUCGCCUUCUCCCUCAUCAGCUCCCAUGGCUUCCGGGAAAUCGAGAUGAGCAAGUUCCGCUACAACCCCAGCGAGAGCCCGUUUGCGAUGGCGCAGAUCCAGUCGCUGUCCCUGAGGGCCAUCAGCAGUGCCAUGGGCCUCGGCUUCCUGCUGUCCAUGCUCUUCUUCAUCGAGCAGAACUUGGUGGCCGCCUUGGUGAACGCACCGGAGAACAGGCUGGUGAAGGGCACUGCCUACCACUGGGACCUCCUGCUCCUCGCCAUCAUCAACACGGGGCUGUCUCUGUUUGGGCUGCCCUGGAUCCAUGCCGCCUACCCCCACUCCCCGCUGCAUGUGCGAGCCCUGGCCUUAGUGGAGGAGCGUGUGGAGAACGGGCACAUCUAUGACACGAUCGUGAACGUGAAGGAGACGCGGCUGACCUCGCUGGGCGCCAGCAUCCUGGUGGGCCUGUCCCUGCUGCUGCUGCCGGUCCCGCUUCAGUGGAUCCCCAAGCCCGUGCUCUAUGGCCUCUUCCUCUAUAUCGCGCUCACCUCUCUCGAUGGCAAUCAGCUUGUCCAGCGUGUGGCCCUGCUGCUCAAGGAGCAGACUACAUACCCCCCGACACACUACAUCCGGAGGGUGCCCCAGAGGAAGAUCCACUACUUCACGGGCCUGCAGGUGCUGCAGCUGCUGCUGCUGUGCGCCUUCGGCAUGAGCUCCCUGCCUUACAUGAAGAUGAUCUUUCCUCUCAUCAUGAUCGCCAUGAUCCCCAUCCGCUAUAUCCUCCUGCCCCGAAUCAUUGAAGCCAAGUACUUGGAUGUCAUGGAUGCUGAGCACAGGCCUUGACUGGCAGGCCCUAGCCACGCCCCAUUUGCCAGCUUCCCACGUCCUCCCAGGCUGGCUCUGGGGCUGUGAGGGGAGGUGUAAGUGUGGGGGUGACUGCUCUGUGCUGCACCUUCUCAUGGCUGACUCAGGCCUGGGGCAUCUGGGCAUUGUAGGGGUGCAGUGGUGUGUGCCCACCCCUCCCAUUAUCCUUUAGCUUUGGGCUAAGAGCAUUGCUGAGGGCAACUUCUGCCCAGGGUGGGUGGGACUGAGCAGGAUGGAUUUUCUUUUGAAAGAGAAACCAUCUCCUUGAUUGUGUAAGGAACUUGCCGUACGCACAUGAGAGAAUAAAGCUCCUGUUUCU